AUAACCGAAUAAGCUAGUGUUGGGUUCUAGAAACCGCUAUAACCUUCUUCGAGUUCAUAAUCGAAUAAUUAAGCAUACAGACAUUGUGGAGGUGUCCUAAACAAAUUGAUAAAUUGUUCUUCUGCGCACUUGCAUUUCUCUCCUCUCUCUCUCUGUGUGUCUGUCUGAGAAUCAGGAGGAGGCGGAUAAAGAUGGCAGCAUACAGGUGGAAGAGUUUCAACGAUGAGGAAGAAGAUCGUCCGGAGAAACCUCGUCGCUAUGGCGUUACUGAAAUGAGGGGACCUCAUUAUUCCCUUUUUUCUCGAGGCCUCCUUGAGGAUGUUUUCGAGUCUAUGGGUCAGUUUGUUGACGGGCUGAAGUUCUGUGGUGGAUCUCAUACUCUGAUGCCAAAGACUUACAUCAAAGAAGUGACUGACAUGGCACAUAAACACAAUGUUUAUGUUAGCUCUGGUGAUUGGGCAGACCAAAUGCUUCGCCAAGGUCCUUCUGCAAUUAAAAAAUACAUUGAGGAAUGUAAGCGAUUGGGGUUCGAUACAAUUGAGCUUGAUGUUGCAUCACUUGGUUUACCUGAGGAGACCCUCUUGAGAUAUGUGCGGUUGAUCAAGAGCGGUGGGCUCAGAGCGAAGCCUCAGUUCUCUGUUAAGUUUAACAAGUCUGAUAUAGCCUUCACGGGUGACAGAGCUUUUGGGGCUUACGUGAUUCCUGCACCUCAAACCUCUG